GACUCUUUCUUACUUUUCUAGGGAAACGGGUGGGAAAUUGACGGCCUCCCCCGUUCCGGCGGCCGCGACCGUGCACUGCCUCUCCGCUCCCCACCUAGCCCUCUCGCGAGCCGCGACCGUCUACCGGCCCUCUCACCGACCUCCCUAGUCCCCCCCCCCCCCUAUGCCCCCACCUCAACCGGCUCGCGCUCCGCCGCCCACCUCGCUGCCACGGCCCCGUGUUGCCUCCGCGCCGCCUCGACCACCUGCCGGGCGCCCUCGAUCUGACCCCACAGGACUGGAUGGACAAGGGGAAAUCCGUGGUCGCCGAGCUGGCGGCGUCGCUGAGCGAUGUCCGCGUCACGCCUCGCCGGAAGCCAUCGAGCGUACUGCCGGCGCCCUCCUUCUAUUCUCUCUCAAAGAAGGCUAAGCCUCGGAAAUUGGUGAGUCUGUGCCUUGGCACCCUCGGUCAGCAUCUUGAAGAUAUCAUCACUGAUAUUUCUGAAUUUGCUGCCUUCUUUCCACCCCACAUAAAGUUGGCAAUUAUGUCUAUUGCAAGGAGAAGAAAGCUACUGAAUGAUGAAGUUUUGACUUCUCUUGCUGAAAGCUCCUGGGAGAUCCUAGAUAUAUCUGGGUCUGACGUAACUGAUCUUGGUUUGACUACUGUGGCAAAUGUUUGUAGUAAUUUACGGGCUGUCGAUAUUAGUCGCUGUGAAAAAAUUACUACUGCUGGUGUGUCCGAGAUUGUAUGCCACUGCCCAUCCUUGGAGAUAUUGAGAUUAUCCCGCACAUCAGGAUAUGAAAACGAGCUUGAAUCCCAUGAUUGCAGAGGUUGUCCAAGAAGUGAAUUCACGGCACGGAGGUGCUUAAAUCUCUUGAAACCGAAAUUGAAUUCACUUGAAGAGGACUCAUGGGAGGAACUUGAUACAAUAGAUAUUGGAGGCGGUGCAGAAUCUUUAAGAUGGCUAGUUUGGCCGAAGAUAGAUGAUAAUUCAAAGGCAACUCUAGCUGAGGAAUGCCCUCGUGUUACUGUCAACCCACAGCCAUCACCUUUUGACCUCUGUGGAUCCAAAGUACCAAGUGAAGCAUUGGCAAGCAUACCACUGGACCAUUCCGUAGUUGCGGACAUUGAUCCCAAGACAUGGGCAGUUUCUGCUGCCCCUCGAAGAAUUGCUGCUCCACUAAAUCCUGAUGCCCCGCCUGAAAUACCGAUAGCAGAGAGGUUCCGGCUUGCCUAUGUGGAGAGGGAAGCGAGGCUGGCACCCAAGAGAGCCAAGCGGGAAAGACAGCAGCGGCGCCGUGCUGAAAGGGAGUACGUGAUGAACGAUAUCAAUGCCAGAUCAAUCGUACUCGCUGCUCAAGCAAGCAGAAACCUGCGCAAGAGCUGACACCAAACCUUGUUUCGCUACUUUUUGAUGUAUGUAUUUCAGUGUUUGUGAAAACGAGACAAUGCCACGAGAACUGUUGUAUGAUCUUUCAGGGGUAAACAUAGGCAUAUCUGAAUACAAUUUUGCAGUAGCUUGUAGUAGUGCGAUUAUACUAUCAUGUCGUGUAUGAAAAUGUGUAUACACUGAAGUGCAAUCGAGGUGUGUCUUAUUCAGGUCA